AUGGUACUCAUUGAUGAAAGAAACCUUUGGAUAUUAUUUAAUAAUAUUUCUAACAGUAAAAUAGUAAAUGUUAAUGAACACUUAGAGUUGGGAAGAGAAUUUUUAGCAAAAGGUCAACUUCAAGAUGCUUUAUCUCAUUAUCAUGCAGCUGUUGAAGGAGAUCCAAAUAAUUAUUUAACUUUAUAUAAAAGAUGUACUGUUUUUUUGGCCUUGGGAAAGGCUCGUCAAGCGAUAGCUGAUUUAGAUAAAGUUCUUCAAAUAAAACCUGACUUUUAUCCUGCUCGUUUGCAGAGGGGUAAUAUAUAUUUUAAACAAGCAAAAUUAGAUGAAGCUUUAAUGGAUUAUCAAGAAGUGUUGCGUUAUGAUCCGAAUAAUGUCGAAGCUUUCGAUAGCUAUCAUAAAGUAUAUCCCGUAGCAGAAGAUAUUCGUAUGGCGAAAUCACAGCCUCGGGAUUUUCAUCAUUAUGAAGUCGUGCAAGUUUUAAAUAGAGUUAUUGAAUUUUGUCCGUGGUCAGCGGAAUUAAGGGAAUUAAGAGCCGAAAGGUAUUCUGCAAUGGGAAAUAUAGAAGGUGCGAUAAAUGAUAUAAAAACAACCACCAAAUUAGAUGCUGACAAUACAGCUGGAUACUACAAAUUAGCUUUGUUAUAUUAUAGUUUAGGUGAAGCUGAAGAUAGUUUAAGGCAAAUUAGAGAGUGUCUAAAAUUGGAUCCUGAGCACAAAGAUUGUUUUCCACAUUACAAAAAAGUCAAAAAAAUCGAUAAAUUAAUCAGUCAAAUGAAUGUGGCUGCCGUUGAAAAGGAUUACGAUAAUUGCAUUGAAUCCGCUAAAAAGAUUCUUUUGGCAGAAUCGUCGGUGCGAGCCAUUAAAUUCCGCGCCCAUGAAAAAUUGUGCCAUUGCUAUCUACAAAAUCAACAGUUACCUCUCGCCAUUUCUAGUUGCCGAGACGCAUUAGAAAUAGAAAAAAAUCCUAGAAUAUAUUGUGACAGAGCUGAAGCUUAUUUAAAUAGCGAAUUGUACGACGAUGCAAUACAAGAUUAUCAUAAAGCUUUAGAAUUAGAUGAUCAUUAUCAACGCGCCAAGGAAGGACUUCAAAGAGCUCACAAGCUUCAAAAACAAUCGGAGCGAAGAGACUAUUAUAAAAUAUUAGGAGUUUCAAGAUCUGCUUCGAAAAAAGAAAUAAUCAAAGCUUACAGAAAACAAGCGCAAAAGUGGCACCCCGAUAAUUUUUCUGAUGAAAAUAAAAAAAAAGAAGCUGAAAAAAAAUUUAUUGACAUUGCAGCUGCAAAAGAAGUUUUGACUGAUCCCGAAAAAAAAGAAAAAUUUGACAACGGUGACGAUCCAUUGGAUCCCGAAUCCGGCCAAUACAGUCAGGGAGGAUUUAAAUUUACUCAAGGAUUUCAUCAUUUUCACGGAAGUCCUUUUCAAUUUAAAUUUCAUUUUACAUAA